AUGGCCAACAAAUCGCCUUACAAGACGACUUUCGAGGUCGCCGAGGUCAUUCGCCCAAUCUACACCGGAGGUGCUGUCUCGUUUGAGAGUGGCGCAAGAAUCCUUGCGACAACCCUUGGCGAAGAUGCAGUCCUCACGGACCUCAAGUCGGGGAAGCACCUGACCAAGGUUGAAGGUGAUGGCGAGCUUAUAUCAACACUCACAUUGACACCCUCGGGCUCCCACCUCAUCAUCUGCUCACGCUCGCUUUCAAUGAGAAUUUACGCUCUCCAGAAAACUGCCUCCAGCGACGCAAUCGAGCCCCGACUUAUACGUACCGUCAAACCGCACUCGACACCAGUGGUCGUUCUCGCAGUCGACCGCACAAGCACACUACUUGCGACCGGCGGCACGGACGGAUCGAUCAAGGUAUGGGACAUUGCCGGCGGAUACGUCACCCAUACCUUCCGGGGACCCAGCGUGCUUGUUUCUGCGCUGCACUUCUUCGAAGUUGCUGCGAGUUCCGCAAAGGCAGAUGCACAGAGCGCAGACAAGCGCAAACGGAGGAAGUCCAAGGGCGAACGCGACGACAAUGACGACGACGAAGUGUCGACCGCGGCCAACUUUAGGCUAGCCUCCGGCAGCCAAGACGGCAAAGUUCGAGUAUGGGACCUGCACAAGCGAAGCGUCGUGGCGAACCUCGAUUCCCACGUAUCGGAUGUCCAAGGGAUUGAGUUCUCUUCCAAGCAAAACACCCUUGUUACUGCUGGCAGGGAUAAGACCAUAAGAUGGUGGGACGCCAGAUCAUGGAAGCCGAGAAGGGUCACGCCCUGUAUGGAGCUCGUUGAGGCUGUGGGCUUUCUCGAAGACGGUCGCCUUACGUAUUCUGCUGGUUCAAAUGGUUGCUUCCGGCUCUGGGACACCGACACAGGGCGGGAGAUCACAAAGGACCAAGCGCCAAAGUCCGAGACCGAGGGGUUCGUUGGAGCGGCGCACACUCCCGACUCGUCCCUGGUCAUCUGUGUACAGGUCGACCAUACGUUGGCGUUCUUCCAGGCCCCGGACAACACGCUCACUCAAGCGACAGUGGACGCUCCAGAACCGUUCCGCCGCAUCACAGGCACUCAUGACGACAUCAUCGACCUCUGCUAUCUGUUGCCAGACCAGUCAGCCAUGGCAUUGGCCACCAACUCGGAAGACAUUCGCAUCGUAUCUGCGACAGACUCCACUGGCUCCGGCGAUGACUCUUUCGGCCAGGACAUCGCGGUUCUGAAGGGGCACGACGAUAUCAUUAUCGCCCUCGACGUAGAUUGGUCCGGUCAUUGGGUCGCCACGGGAGCCAAGGAUAACACUGCUCGGUUGUGGCGCGUGGACGCCGCGAAUAACUCAUACACAUGCUACGCCACAUUCAAAGGCCAUGCCGAGUCUGUCAGUGCUGUAUCUUUGCCCCGGACCCGACCUGUCGAGGGCUCAAAGGCGUUUAGCAACCCGCUAGAACACCCACCGCAGUUCUUGAUUACAGGCUCAUCCGACCAGACUAUCAAGCGCUGGGAUGUCCCCCGGGAAGCGCAGCAGGGCUCGAAGACGGGAAGCACUCGCGCCUUGUACACUCGGAAAGCUCACGACAAGGAUAUCAAUGCGAUCGACGCCAGCCAGUCUGCACAGCUCUUUGCUUCGGCGUCUCAAGACAAGACGGUCAAGAUCUGGUCCAUUGAGGAGGGAGAAGUGCAGGGUAUUCUGCGCGGUCACCGGAGAGGUGUUUGGUCGGUCAGCUUUGCCCCACCGAAUACGCCCAUCAUCCAAGGCGAGCAGGGUCCUGUCGCCGGCAAGGGCGCCGUCAUUACUGGAAGUGGUGACAAAACCAUCAAACUGUGGAACCUCAACGACUACACUUGCUUGAGGACAUUCGAGGGCCACUCACACAGCGUUCUCAAGGUAUCAUGGCUGGGCAUCCCUCCACAAGAAGAGCUCAGCAAGAAGCCCAUCCUCUUUGCCAGUGCCGGUGGUGACGGCCUCGUCAAGAUCUGGAACGUGAACCUGGGUGAGACCGAGUGCACACUAGACAACCACGAAGACCGCGUUUGGGCAUUGGCGGUGCACCCCAAGACCAACACGGUCGUGUCUGGAAGUGCAGACUCUACGGUCACUUUCUGGAAAGAUACGUCCAGGGAGACGCAAGCGGCCUCGACCGAGGCUGCUCUACAGCUCGUCGAAAAGGAGCAGGAGCUCCAAAAUCACAUUCACUCUGGAUCCUAUCGUGAAGCUAUCACCUUGGCACUCCAGCUCAACCAUCCUGGCAGACUGCUCUCGCUCUUCACGACUGUCAUCAACACCAAGACUCCGGAUGCUGGCAGUCUGACAGGCCUCGUCGCUGUGGAUCAGGUGCUUGCAACCUUGUCCGACGAACAGCUCUUCCUACUGCUCCUGAGGUUGCGUGACUGGAAUACCAAUGCAAGGACUGCGCCCGUUGCCCAGCGUAUUCUCUGGGCCUUGGUCCGCAGUUAUCCGGCAUCCAAGUUCUCGACGUUGUCAGUCAAAGGUGCAAGAGGACAGAAGAGCCUCAAAGAAGUGCUCAAUGCCCUCAAGGUGUAUACCGAGAGGCACUAUAAGAGGAUAGAAGAGUUGGUGGACGAGAGUUUCUUGGUGGAAUAUACCCUGAAAGAGAUGGAUAGCUUGGCUCCAGCCGUGGCGUUACUGGGCGAAGUGGAUGGUGACGUGGCAAUGUCCUAG